AUAUCACAAGUACUUGACCUUACUGAAAGAUGUCGGAAGUAUAUUUAUGGAUAUGUGUGUUAUUUGUUUAUGCGGGAGAGGUAUCUAACAGUGGAGUAUUCGAGGUUAAAAUCAGAUCGUUAUUCAACAAACAUGGCCGAACUGUCAGUGGGAGAUGUUGUGCAGGACCGGAAGUGGACGAUGCCUGCACUGCCACCUGUCGGACGUUUUUCACGCUAUGUCUGUUGCACUAUCAGAAACCUGUUCCUGUUUACCCGGCCUGUACCUUUGGUGAAACUAAAACCCAGAUAGUUGGUGCCAAUAAUAUAGGAAUUGGAAUCGGAGCAGAACCUGCAUUUUCUGUUGCGAUACCAUUCAGUUUCUCGUGGCCGGGUAAUUUUGCCUUCAUACUGGACGCCUGGCAUGAUCAACAUCGAAAUAAAAGCACUUCCGAUACCAGACAUAUCAUCUUGAGAGCUAGUCGUGCCAAAAGAUUAAAACCAUCGCCAUUAUGGGUGGAAGAUGAACGCCUUACCCGCACGUCACGGUUAGAGUUUAGUUACCGCGUGACGUGUGACGAGAACUAUCACGGUCUAGGGUGUGACAAGUGGUGUAAGGAGCGUGACGAUCAGUUUGGACACUAUCGAUGUACUCAGGGUGGUGUGAAAGUAUGUUCACAGGGUUGGCAAGGAGAACUUUGUGAUAAAGUGCAGUGCCCAAAAAGUUGCCUAAAGUCCAAUGGGUUUUGUGAUAAGCCAUUGAAUUGCAUUUGUCAGAGUGGCUGGAGGGGUCGAGACUGCCAGGAGUGUGUGACUGAUGUCAAAUGUUUACGGGGGUAUUGCAAGACAGCAUGGCAGUGUAUCUGUAAUGACGGUUGGAGUGGAUCCUACUGUAAUAUAUACAACGACUAUUGUGAAAGUUAUUCCCCUUGUUUUAAUGGGGCCGAGUGCGUUCCUGACGACACCAAAAAUUACACCUGUAAUUGUAGAGCAGGAUUCAUGGGAGAUAACUGUGAAAAAGAAUAUUGUUAUACAGGGUUUUGUUUAAAUGAUGGACUAUGUGAGGAGGUCGGCACCAAACGAGUCUGUAGAUGUACGAAAGGUUAUUCAGGCGAGAGAUGUCAAAACGUCAACCCAACAUGUGGUGAAAUGGCUUGCAAGAAUAAUGGAACUUGUAUGAGGUUAAAGAAAAAGUGGGCAUGUUCGUGUUUACCAGGCUACCAUGGUCACUUUUGUGAAAUUGAGAAGAACGAAUGUGCUUCAAAUCCUUGCAAAAAUGGAGGUUCAUGUCGUGACAGAGUAAAUGGAUAUCAUUGUGUUUGUGCUGACGGGUUUGCUGGAAUAAACUGUGAUUUAAUUUUUGACCCUUGUUUAGGAAUUCAAUGUUUUAAUGGCGGCAAAUGUCAUAAAAGAGGAUUUUUUAAUGCAGGCUGCGCAUGCCUGGCAAAUUACACUGGAUAUCGGUGUGAGACUCCGCGAAAUCCAUGUUAUGGAGUACACUGCCAAAAUGGCGGACAAUGUGUUGUGGGAAAAGCUAAAAAGGUGUCGUGUUCGUGCACUGACAAUUGGACAGGUAAACUCUGCCAAUUUGAAAAAGAAAAGAAAAAUAUUUGUGCCAGUCAUCCCUGUCCAGAAGGGAGUGUGUGCAAAUCUUAUACUGACAAUUAUAUUUGUAUUUGUUCAAAAGAAUUAAAGGGCGAUAACUGUGAUCAAACAAAACUUUCCUCUGAUGAUCCCGAUUCAAAAGUGAUACAUAAUAAUUCUAAGAACUCAGCUGUCAUAUUAUUUCAUAAUUCAUUCUUGUUUUUCAUAAUUUUAUUGGCAAUAAAGAUGGCAAUAGUGUCGUGAGUAAAGAAA